GAUAUUACUGAUUUAUUGAAUCAUUCAUGAAUCAUAGAAACAUUUGGAUCAUUAUCUUUAUUAGUUUACAAUUAUUAUCAUUAAAACGUAUAAAAUCUGAGGAGAAUAGUAACAACAGAAGUACCGAAGGAAAUGGAGACCAUCAUGACAGUUCUCCUUAUCCAGUAGUAUUCAGUGGAAACUCUACUGAUGAUGAACAUUAUGAAUAUGAACUUUUGAAUCAAGCAUCUAAUGAAAUGAAAGAAGAAUUACGUAAAGAACUUGAACAAUUUCAACAAAUAUUAGAUGAAUUAACUAGAAGAUUAAGAUCAAUUCCAAAUUCAGCAAAUACAUAUAUGAUGAAUAUAUUAUUCAUGAGUAUUUGUAUCAUUUCAUUGAAUCUAUUUAUUUAUGUAUAAAUAUAAAACUACUUAUUAUGAUGAUUAUAAGUAGCUUAUAUUGCUUCAUUGUAGUAUUGAAUAGAAUUUAUUAGCACAGUUAUGAUUAUAAUGCAUAAUGUAAUUUUCUUUUAUUAUAAUGGAUAAAAUGAUUGUAAUUUCAAUGAAAUCAUGAUUUUUCCCCAUCCUUAAACAAUUGUAUUUUUAUACUACUUUAAUAUAAUAAUAAGUAGUU